GAUGCCCCGAUCUGGGUCGUAAAGCCUCCUGUGCAGAUGCAUGCGUACGAGGGCGCCAAUCUGGUCAUCACAGCCACAGCUUCAGCCAACCCAGGUCCUCCAAGCUACUGGUGGCGGCGCGGGGAGGAGACGCUGAAGGCGGAGACGGGGGAGCUGCACCUCGGCAGGAUCACGCGGCAGCACCGAGGGAACUACUCCGUCAGCGCCUACAACCCGAGGGGCGCCAUCAACGCCUCCUUCAGCCUCGACGUCCAGUACGGCCCCGAGAGCGUGCAGGCGGCGGAGCGGGUGACCGUGGGCGAGGGCGGGGCGGCGACGGUGGAGUGCUCCGCGACCGCCAACCCGACGCCCACGCUCACUUGGACGAAGGACGCCCACAUGCAGAACACGUGAGGGACGAUCAGCUGGUCGAUCAGCUGUUCUGUUUGGUGGAUGUUGUUGUUUGUUGUUUUCUGUUUGUUCUAGUUUGUUGAUUCGUUUUAUGUUGUUGUCUUCGUUUUUUGUUUUUAUUUUUGUUUUUUUGUUUGUCUUUGUUAGAUUUUGUCCCAGUAGAUUGCAUUCGUCUUUUAAGUGUAAAUUUGUGUGCAAACUGGAAUGCUAAUUUGAGAUUAUGAACUGUGAAAGUGUUCGUUGUAUUAGGAGAUCAGACUAAAAAAAAGAUAAAAAUAUAAAGAGAAAAAAUAGGUCAUAGCUAGAGCAAUAAAAAAAUUAAAAAAAGGAAAAAGAAGGAGAGAAAAUAAAACGCACCGUCCAUUUGAGAACAGGAACACAACGUACGUAGCAUUCUCAAAAAUGGAAACAGAAAAAAACAAAAAAAAUUGAUAAAAACUGCUGCAGUAGAUUCGUUUCCAUGGCAACUAUUUGUCCACGUUUUUAUGCUAAUUUCUUCUUACACUUUCUUGUCUCUUUAUAACCACGAGAGAAAGGACGAAACCAUUAUUAAAACGGUUGAUGUUCUGCAAAGAGAGAGUGGGUUUGUGAUGAGAAAUGCAUAUUUUAGUAAUCUGCUGUUUGUGUUUGUUUGUUAAAGAUUUCUGUUUUGCCGAACGCCGCUUUUAAAAAUGUUCAGGUAUAAGAGCGAGUGAUAUGUUAGUGAAACCAUUGUUUGGAGUAAGAGUAGUUAACUGUCGUCUGUUAUUAAAUUAAUAUUAACUUGCUAGUGUAAUUAUUGUAGAGGGAAGUUUAGAUUUCCUAACUGC